AUGAACGGCUGGGCAUGGGUCCUUAUGGACGACGACGACGACGACACGCCAAGUCUUCCUCCCGGGUCCCCCGGAACAUGGCACGGGUCUGAGCAGUGGUUCUCGACACAGCUUAUCCUCUCCCUGUCUAUUGGCGUCUCGGCAUUCUUCAUCUUCUGCUUCCUUCGCACACGAUGGGAGAUGGUCUAUAUGCCUCGCACGAGGCUCAAGGACUUCUCCCCGGCACCUGCGCACUGGCCUGAUAUACAGAAGGCCUCUGGAGCAUCCCGCUUCUUUGGCUGGAUCAUUCCGACUCUACGCACGAGCGAGUUUGUGGUUCUGCAAACAGUCGGCCUCGAUGCUGCCGUUCUGUUGAGUUUCCUCCGCAUGUCCUUUAUCCUCUUUUCACUCUUCGCUGUUCUUGCUGGGGCCAUAUUGGUGCCGAUAUACAAGCUCGGCGGAGGCAGCACCGAGUCGCCCGCUCCCGACAUUCCAGACAACUCGACAGACUUUCUUCCAUCAUGGACGCCAGACUGGACGUAUGGUAACGGUACAUGGAAGCACGGCAACAUGACCUUGCCGCCGUUCUUCGACUUCAUCGCCGACCCCACCACCUCCGCAACCUUACAGCUGGUGUUUGCCUACACGUUCACCGCUCUCACACUUCACUUUCUCCAUCGCAACUUUCACCGCUUUGUCACAUCCCGCCAGGCGUUUGGCCUUCAGUUGAUCCACUCGGUAUCGGCACGCACUGUGCUUGUCACGGAUGUGCCUUCGCACCUCCGCGGUGACCGUGCGCUUGCCGAGUACUUUGAGGGAUGCGGAUGGGAGGUGGAGAGUGUCUCGAUUUGCCGCGAGGUUGACGCCGUCAAACGGGCAUUGGACAAGCGCACAAACGCCCUCCUCGAACUUGAGGAUGCGUGGGUCGCGUGGGUGGGAAACCCCGCUACCGCGACGGGUUACGACCCCGACGUUUACCGCAACAAGCCCCGCGCGUCGUCGCCCACGACCGAGACGUUGAUCUCUGGGCUGGACAGGAACGGUGAUGGUCCCGCAGCGACCGCCGAGGACCCAGAGAGCCUCCGCGCGCGAUACAGCACCAUCCACUCUGACAAGCCGCGUCCGACAAAGCGCAUCCGUAUCGGCAAGUCUGUCGACGCCAUCGGGUUCUGGGAGGACAAGUUCUUGGAGGCCGACGAGGAAGUCCGCGUCCUGCGGAAGACUGGUCGCUUUGAGCCUACCCAUGUCGCCUUUGUCACAUUCGAGGACGUCAAGUCGACCCAGGAGGCGAGCCAGGUCGCCCACUACCGCGAGCAUACGCAGGUAGUCACCACUAUCGCACCCGAACCGCGCGAUGUCAUCUGGAACAGAGUCUCCAUGUCCCGCCGCGAGCACCGUAUUCGCGACACUGUUAUCACCGGUCUUAUGGGUGUCCUCCUUGUCUCCUGGAUUCCUCCUGUCGUCGCCGUGUCGUCCCUUCUGUCGUUCAAGGAAAUCGAACGUGUGAUGCCGUGGCUCGCCAACCUGAUCAAGCAGAGCCCACGACUCGAGGCGGUGUUCCAGACCACCGUGCCCACUCUGGCUUUGAUCAUGUUUAACAGCCUCUUACCUUUCCUUCUGGAAUCAGUGCCGAGUACUCGUUGA